AUGUCGCCUUGCAACAUUACCCUGAUGAUGUCGGUGGACCUCAACCAACUUGAAGUUUCAAUCAUGCACUUGCAGAGAGAGGUGGCUCAACAACUGGUUUACCUCAUGAAUCUUGCUAGAAGACUGAAAGCCAGACUCUGCGAAUCUGCAGUAGAAGCUCGAUUUCCAAAGGAUCGCAAAGCAAAAGCUCAGAGGUCCAACCAACAACGUGUUGUCUUGGAUAAUUUGCUUUUUAUACCAGCUGCGAAAGAGGCUGUGUGUACUUUACUAUUUGCUGAGAGUACUCCGAGUGUAUCUCGCAGCCCUACGAUUGUUCUUAAGCAACCAUGGAAGGCCGUCAGGAAAUGCAUGCAAGUGAACGGAUCGACUAAAAGAGACAAUGAAGAGCUUUAG